AUGUCUAUAAGUGCGUCAAUAGAAAAACAACACCAAGUUGAUUGCGCAUCGACGAAUAAUGUUAAAGCUGUUCGACGGAGAACAAUUAACAACGAUAGUAUUAAUACAGAUAAUAUCAACGACUUUAUUACAGCAAAUCCCCAAAUAAAUAAUGAAAGCAACUAUCAAGAUAAGCACGUCAAACCUGAACAUUUGACAACGUUUGAAUUGAAUGAUCUGCCAACAACAGAUAACAUUGACUUCAAAUUAACUCCAGUUCUAAUUGAUGUCGAACAAUCAUCAUUUGAAGAGACUCUUGGAGUAGUUCCGAACACCGACGAUCCCAACGUACUUUGCCUUACAUUUCGUAGUUGGACAUUGGGAAUUAUUUGUGCAGCUAUUGGUGCCGUGAUAAACACAUAUCUUUUCUUGGAAGGCAAAACUUUUGCUUUCUUUGGUGAUCAUUUCGUGUUAUUAAUUUAUCCUGUCGGACGGUUUUUUGCUUGGAUUUUACCCACACAUACAUGGUUUAAGAAUCGUCGUUUUGCAUUCUCACUUAAUCCAGGUCCAUUCACAAUAAAAGAACACACAGUAAUUUAUAGCAUGAUUUAUAUGGGUGUUCAAUCUGUACCCGCUGUUGAUCUUUUCAUAUAUAGAGCAAGCCUUCCUGAGAAUGAAGCACCAUCAGCACCGCAUUACAUCAUUGGUCUGUUACUAGUUAUUAGUACACAAAUGAUUGCCUUUGGUCUUGCUGGAUUUCUUCGUCGACUCUUAGUAUGGCCUUCUGAGAUGAUUUGGCCUUGGAAUUUUCCUUUUAUGGUUGUGAUUCGAACAUUAAACGAAACUGAAUCGCCACUAAGCACUCGAUGGUUAGGUCUCACACGACGUCGUUUCUUAGUGUUUGUAUUAACCAUUUCAUUUGUCUACCGAUGGUUUCCAAGUUUUAUUUUUCCAAUGUUGACCACUUUCCCUUGGUGGUGUCUUAUAAAGCCGAGCUCCACUCGCCUUUCGCAGGUUACAGGUCCAAAUGGAUUAGCAAUGGGUCUUUUUCCUCUUGAUUGGUUGACUAUUGCUUCUGGGCAAUCAUUUCAUCUUAUACCACCAUGGUGGGUUUAUGUUAAUAUGAUUAUUGGCUUUGUUCUCAUUGCAUGGUUCAUUAUUCCUAUCUUGUAUUAUUGCAAUGUAGCCAAUUGGGCUAGUUUACCAGUGACUGGACUUAAUACUUACCCAGUAAUUGAUCAUUCAGAUCAAGUACAACGUACUAUUACUGUUGCUAUUGUCGAUUAUAUUUUUUGGGGUUCAUUUCUUGCUUUAUUUCUUCAUACAAUUCUUUUUCAUAGUCGAGAUCUAUGGAAAUACGCACGUACAUCACUUCAUAAUCGUCAAAAUGAUGUUCAUUGUACACUCAUUGGAAAAUACAAAGAGGCACCUGGUUGGAUUUUUGGGAUUCUAUUUACAGUUACCCUUUUAACCGCCUGUCUUAUAUGUCAUUUCACUCAUUUUCUACCAUGGUACUACGUCAUCGCUGCUACAUGCAUAGGUACAGUAUUCAUCGUGCCCAUGGGAUUAUUGCAGGCAUUAUCAGGUAUUCUUAUUGAUCCAUCUUAUAUUGUUUAUUUUAUCUCUGGAUUCAUAUUUCAUAAUCAACCAAUGCAACUCGCUACUUUUUACAUUUUACUUUAUGGAAUGCAAUUCCAAGCAUUAGGUAUCCUUACAAAUUUCAAAUUAGCUCAUCACAUGAAGGUUUCUCCACAAUCGAUGUUUAUUACACAGAUAACUGCCACCAUAAUUGGAGCCACAAUGAAUUUCGUUAUAAUGCAAUAUGAAAUCUCAAAUGUCUGCAACGUUAAUACCAAUGUAACAUGUGGAACUCAAUGGCUUGGACACGCUACUACUUUUGCAACAUCAGAUUUAAAUAAGCUGUAUGGCCUCGAAUCAGUCUAUCCAUCUUUGAUAUGGGUGAUGGUUGCUGUUGCUGUGUUACCUCUUUUUAUUUGGAUUGCUCAUAAAUUUUGGCCACAAAUCAAAUGGCUUCGUUUCAUACACAUUCCAAUCAUGUUUGGAUAUUUGCCUAAUCUUCAAAGUGGUGCUUCUGGCUAUCUUUCUCUACCAACGUGGUUUCUAUUGGGAUUCAUCUUCUACAAAGUCAUUCGUCGAUGGUGGAAUGCUACCUUUCCAGCAUGGUGGGGCAAUCAAAAAAAUGCAUGUCCUCUCGCUAGCGCCUCAGCGAAUGGCUCUUUUCCAACUACAUCAGCUUAA